UGCUUUAGUUACUUCUAAGCAUGUUGGGAAGUGAGAAAACUCUGACCUGUGCACCUUGCAAUAACAAUGUAGGGUUCCUGCAAAGGACCAACAGCCUGGAGGACAAGGGCCGGAUCGUUAGCUCCCUGAAGGAAAGGCAGUCCUCCAAGGGCCUGCUGGCGUGCGAGAACAGCGAGAAGGAAUCCAGGUUCCGGCGCACCGAGACAGAUUUCUCCAAUUUGUAUGCCAGAGAUUUGCUGCCCGCCAAGAAUGGCGAAGAGCAGACCAUGCAGUUCCUGCUGGAGGUCGUGGACAUCCUCCUCAAUUACGUGAGGAAGACGUUUGACAGAUCCACCAAAGUGCUGGACUUCCACCACCCGCACCAGCUCCUGGAGGGCAUGGAGGGCUUCAACCUGGAGCUCUCGGACAACCCCGAGUCUCUGGAGCAGAUCCUGGUGGACUGCCGGGACACGCUGAAAUACGGAGUGAGGACAGGUCAUCCUCGCUUCUUCAAUCAGCUCUCCACGGGACUGGACAUCAUUGGCUUGGCUGGGGAGUGGCUGACGUCCACCGCUAACACAAACAUGUUUACCUAUGAAAUUGCCCCUGUUUUUGUUCUUAUGGAACAAAUAACGCUUCGAAAGAUGAGAGAGAUUAUUGGGUGGUCAAAUAAAGAUGGCGAUGGAAUAUUCUCACCUGGAGGAGCCAUUUCCAACAUGUACAGCAUCAUGGCUGCACGCUACAAGUAUUUCCCUGAAGUCAAAACCAAAGGCAUGGCUGCAGUCCCUAAACUGGUUCUCUUUACCUCGGAACAUAGUCACUAUUCGAUAAAGAAAGCUGGAGCUGCGCUUGGAUUUGGAACAGACAAUGUGAUUUUGAUAAAAUGCAAUGAAAGAGGCAAAAUAAUACCAGCUGAUUUGGAGGCAAAAAUUUUGGAAGCAAAACAAAAGGGAUACGUUCCUCUUUUUGUAAAUGCAACUGCAGGCACAACAGUAUAUGGAGCCUUUGAUCCAAUACAGGAGAUUGCAGAUAUAUGUGAAAAAUACAACCUCUGGCUCCAUGUAGAUGCUGCCUGGGGAGGUGGACUCCUAAUGUCCCGAAAGCAUCGUCAUAAAUUGAAUGGAAUAGAAAGAGCCAACUCAGUCACUUGGAAUCCACACAAGAUGAUGGGAGUGUUGUUACAAUGUUCUGCCAUCCUUGUCCGGGAGAAGGGUAUACUUCAGGGCUGCAAUCAAAUGUGUGCAGGCUAUCUCUUCCAGCAAGACAAACAGUAUGAUGUAUCCUAUGACACUGGAGAUAAGGCCAUACAGUGUGGUCGACAUGUGGACAUUUUCAAAUUCUGGCUGAUGUGGAAGGCAAAGGGUACAGUAGGAUUUGAAAAUCAGAUCAAUAAAUGCCUGGAGCUGGCAGAAUAUCUCUACACUAAGAUCAAAAACAGAGAAGAAUUUGAGAUGGUUUUUGAAGGGGAGCCGGAGCAUACAAAUGUAUGUUUUUGGUAUAUUCCGCCAAGUCUCAGGGGCAUGCCAGACUCUGAUGAGAGAAGAGAAAAGUUACACAGGGUGGCACCGAAAAUCAAAGCACUGAUGAUGGAAUCGGGUACUACCAUGGUUGGAUAUCAGCCUCAGGGCGAUAAAGUCAACUUCUUCCGUAUGGUCAUCUCAAACCCAGCAGCAACUAAGUCUGACAUUGACUUCCUCAUUGAGGAAAUAGAGAGAUUGGGGCAGGAGCUGUAGGGAAGUGGUUGAAUGAUUUAUUUCUCUAAUUCACUGUUUUCCAGCACUGGCUAUUUUCUAACCCAGUUCUGCAGAACAUGUUUUAAGGAAAUUCUCUUUCUGUAAGUUCCAGUCUCCUAAGAUAUCCUAAAUAAAACAACUAUAGGCUACUGAAACAUAUAUGUAUUGGUAGAUCAUAAUACUGAGGGAAAAUGUAUUAUCUUGAAGUUGAAGUACUAUUGACUCUUACGUUGGUCUUGUUUAUUGUAGUCAGCAGGAAAUUAGUAAGUAUUAAAAUAGUAAAUUAAGAACUCUGCACAGUAUAUAUGUACAGUAUAAAUAAAUAUAUAUAAUUAUAUAUAUAUAUACAUACACAUAUAUAUAUAUAAAGUGGUUAUAAACAUAGAUCUAAACCACAGCAUGUUUUCCACUUUAAGAGAAUUAACUUUUCCUUCAACAACUAAUGAUGUGGAUAAUGUGCUACAGAUUUUUUCCCCAGGUAAAAAUAGGCAUAUAGAAACAUUUCUAAAAUGUAGAUUCUUAGGAGCUAAAGAAAAUGUAUAACAGUAUUAAAUCUUAUUGUUGGUGCUUCUCUCAUGUACAAAACAGCAAUCUCUAACAGCACCUUUGAGUAAAAUAGUUGUAUUUCCCCUUUAGUGUCACAUCAGGGGAUAAUAGUAGCAGAGUCAUUGUAACAGGUAUAUUAUUGCUGUAUUUUUAGAAGUUAAUUUGUGUAGAUUGUGUAUAUUAUUGUUAAAUGACUUUGUGUAAAAGGAUUUCAAUGUAAUAGUUUUACAGCAAGAUAACUGUUGAAUUGUAGGUAUAUGAAAUAUUUGCUUAUUUAUAUGCAGAGAUUUACCAUGCUGAAGAGUUGUCUUGUAUUUUCUUCCAUUUGUAAUGUAUCCUAUUUAUAUAUUAUUGAAGUUCUAAAUAAUGUUUAUGGUAUUUUAGUGUCUUUGUGAGCCAAAGAAAAAAUACUAAAAUAUUAGUUGACACUUUCAUUUAAAUCCUAGUGCCCUUAAAAUAAUAACUUACAAAUAAUUUUACUUAAUAUAAGGAAUUCUAACAUUGUGUAUAAACUGUCAAAUUAUGCGAUCCCUUUAAUUUAGUAGAAUUUUCAGUUUUAUUUAUUGUAAUGUCAGACUGUCUCUUCAGUGAUCUGAAUGCUUUUCUAGUGAAUGUUGGUUGCUAACCAAGGCCCCUGUUUUUGAGUUGUAUUUCAGGACUGAUCUCUAUGACCAUUCUAACUAAACUCUGUGGGAAGAUUCCUGAACUUCUAUAGCAUUUCUGUGGGAGUUUUAACCAGCAUCAUUCUUUUAGUGAAAUGGAAUUCACUAUGUGUUUGGAGCUUAUAAAAUAAAUAAAUACAAAAGUAAUCUCAGCAUCUUUUAAUAGAGCUGGCUUGUCACAACUAUUUCAACUGGCUAGACUUUUCAAAGUACAGACACCAGAGUCAUCUGCAGCUUGUUCAGUUUUAAUCAUUAGAGAAUCAAUACUACCCAGUGGAAAACUCCAUGCUGGAAGCAGAGUAGUGGAACAAAAUGAAGACUCAAUAGCCCUCUGUCUACUGAAUCGCUGUCAUGGUGAUAAAUGGAAUAUGCUAAUUUCAAAUCUCUUCAUACAUGAUUCUAUGGCUAUCUUCUAUGCAAGUCAGUAAUUAAUUGGUUUUUCUUUUUCUUUUCUUUCUUUUUUUUUUCCAAAUCAGUAAUAACCUUAAAUUAUUUUAGAAACAUUCAGUGAAAUGCAGUCAUGCUAUGCAGUUUUCGCAGCCUCUCUGCUUCCUCUCAGUCUUGUGGAAGGACAGCUACAGCCAGGAGAGAUUUCCAUCCUGCAGGUCCCACUGGUUGUCUUCUGAGGAUGCUGUCUCACAUCUUUGUCUGGGUCAGAGCAGGGAGAAGGAAAAAGCUGUCAUGGUAAAUGCCAUAUCAUAUAGCACAGUCUUUCCAGCUUUUCAUAGAACUAUUGCUUCUCUCUCUUCCAUAACCUUCUUUAAAACCUUUUCUUGAAAUUAUUUGAGUUGUAUCUAAAAAUUACUAUAAAUCUGUCACUGUCUUUUAGAUUUAUGAUUAUGACUUUCAAAAUGUUAUCUACAUCAUUACUUUUAUGCCAUGAAACCUCCCAGUAGAGUAUUUCUUUAACUGGGUUAUUUUCCACAAGACAGUGUAGUUUAUUUCUUGCCGCCUUAUUCUUAAACUUCAACCUUCCUUAAUGAUAAGCCUGAUAUCUUACCAUGUCUUCAAUACUUAAUAUUUCUCGAUGUAAAUAUCCAUGCAGUAUGACCAGAGGCCUGCAAUACAGAAAUAGUCAGCAUGAACAUUGAUUUCACUACCAACUUCCAUAAUAUUAAAUGCCAUUCUUUAUAGAUAUCAGCUAUUCAUCAAAACUAGAGGGUCUUUCAUGGAGAGCUGUUUUUAGAGCAUAGAAAGUUUGUUUUGAAGAGGAUGUACAUGUCACAUUUCAUUACAGGCUUCUGCCUAAAGUCUGGUCUCUGUCACAGUUUUACUUUAUUCAAAGGGCAGCUACAGAAGAUUGAAAGAUUUCCCUCAGUCCCUGUUGUUUAUGAGAAACAAUGUGAACUAGUAUAAUCAAUGCAAAGAUAUACAACUGCUGACCUAGCUUCACUAGGGGACUUUACAUCUUCCACAUAAGCAGCACCAUGGUCCUUGUGAUUUCUUCAACUAUUUCUUAGGUGGGAAUUUCUGACCUCCUCCACUUCCUUAGUCAAGAUAUUUCAACAACAGUAUGACUAAAGAUCCCAACUUAUCCUUCACUUUCUAACCUUAACAUUUUAACUUCAUGGACCUUGUAUCCAGAUCAUCAUCUCAAUAUUAUAAUAAUAAUUUAUUGUGUUUGAAAUGUUGUAUCUUCUAGAAGCAUCUCUUUACCAAGGUAAAGAGAAUAAUCCUCACGAAACUAUAGGAAAGACCAUAAUAUAGCUUACUGGCAUUCAUACAGUCCUGUGACGUAGUCAGAAAUAGAUCUAGAGCUCUUCAGCACAUAUAAAAAGUUUUUCUCACUAAAAUUUUGCUUCUUCAUUUAAUAGAAUAUCUUGUGUUUUGAAGGUCAGAAGCAUCAGAGGUUCUACCUAUUCCCAUGAUGGUAUGCAGCUAGAUGGGAAUAAUGGAGCUCUUCCUGCCCGUCUCAGAAGUGAGACAGGUAACACAGAGGUGUUUUCUCUAAAGACAGAGGGUUUAAAUUUAUCCUUCUACUCUCUGCAUUUUAUCUUGCCUUUCUGCAGUGUUGUGUCUUGACACAGAUGAUACCCACAAUUAGGUUUUUGCAAAGCUUUUAAUUCUAAUAUGAGACUGGAGUGUUUCCCUAUUACAUGUACCUGCUUCUGCAGGCACAGAGCUCAUAUUAAUUUCCGACUUGGUUAGCUGAUUUUAACAGAGCAGUUAUGGUCAUCAGUAGGAAAACUCAUCUGUGUUUUCUUCUCAGUAGGUGAUUUUCAUCUGAGUAAUAUGUUACAGCUGCUCAGACAAAAGCUUACCUGGAAUUUUCCUGCUUUUUAAUCCAUACACUAUUGACUGUGAGAGAUCAGGAAGUAUGGAUAUACGGAAGUGUUGACUAAGUCAAAGCAUUGCAAUUCCAGGUGAGUAAUUUUGUUUUUUUCAGGUUUAAAAUAUACCCUAAGGUAGCAAUUUUGCCCUUAAAAUCACACAGACAGCCAAUUUUGUGUGGGUGAAUUCAGAUCAAAUAAACAAUAGGCAAGAUCUUCGCUUAACAUGUAGCUGCAGUGCUUAUUAAGUGAUGUAAUUUAUUUGGAAAAGACUGACCAUUAAAUAAAAUCAACAGCAGCUGUUGAUUUUGAAUGAGAAAAAUUCUGAUUGUAUUAUUAAAGGUACUGAUUGUAUUAUUAAAGAAGAAGAGAAUUAUUUAGAGAAGAAACCAUUCAUGGCAGACAGACGGAACCAGGGGCCUUGGGAGUAACCCAGGAUUUUAAAAUCAUCAUUGACUUAGUUCAUAAUCUGUUUUUUGAAUGGUGACAAAUAUGAAGAGAUUUUUUAAACAGAAUCUCUGUUUUGUGGUUUAAGAAAUGUCAAAGUUAUAAAGAAGAUAUGCAAUGCAGUUUUAAUUUUUCAAUAAAAGUUGAUCUUAAAACUGUCUAAUUUGUCUCAUAAUUUUUGUAAGCUAUUUUGUUUCCUAAAGAAUAUGAGACAAAACGCAUACAACGUUAUCCCUUACAUUAAAAAUAGUAAGGCCAAUGCUAAGGCUACUAUUCAGUUUUAAUUAUGAAUCAAAUGUGAUCUUGUACCACCACAGGCUGAGGAAGAACUGCAAGUUCUGAACCUUGAUCAGUUUGAAUAGGGUCGUCAAGAUACUAGCACUGUGUAGAAAUACUAAAAAAAAUAGAGAAUCUAAAAAUCUUCCUGUGCGAUAUUCUGUGUGGUUUAUAAAAUCCUCAUCCAACUUACAUCCAAGAAAGUUAACAGGAACUUUGGAAUGGGUAAAAAGAAUAAGAUUAAGUCCUUGUGGUAAAAGCCCUGCUAUUUAAUCUGUCGAUAUAUUUAUGAAACUUACUUCUUGUAAUGCAGAUCUUACUGCCAGGAGGACUUGACUACAUGCUUAACUUUGCACACUUUGCAAUGCCACUGGUUGAUCUCAGUGUUUGUUUAUUAGGCACAUUUAAAUCUGCACACAAUCAGAAGUAGGAUAUUUUUAUGCAAUUUUAAAUCUACUUGGCUGAUAAAGUACUUUCCUGUAUGUAAAAAAAUGCAGGACAGGACCAGGCCUAAAGGUGUUUUGAAUAGUGUUAUGUUUCAGCACUUCUGUGUUUGUCAGAAAUGAUAGAGGGAUGGCACGAGGAGCCCUGACGGUCAUCCGACAGUUCACUGUGGAGUCAGUAGCACAGGAUAUAUGGGGUGCCUGACUCUGAAAGCAUUUAAAGUCUGCGUAGCAGAAAAUCUGUGAAUAUUCUUAGCAGAGUCAGUUAGAACUUGGUUUCCCUGUUAAGCCACUUUUGUAUUAAGCAUUAAAAUGCACAGUCUUUUACAGUAAAAAUGUUACUUUGUAACACAUGUAAAUGAGACAUUGGCAGCUUUAUUUUGUGAGUAAAUAUGUUUUGCACGAAUAAUUUUGUAAAGGUGUACAAGGGAAGCCUAAUCUUGCCACCACAGAAGUUGACAGGAGAAUUGCUGCUGAUUGCCUGAAUCAAUCUUUCCCAUUCUUGGAAGUAAAAGACCAUUUCCUAGCAAAACAAAAUAAGACCCUAAAUCUGAAAUUCUGAAAUUCUUGUAUUCUCUAAAAAAAGACUAUACAUAUUGCAGUAACAUCAAACAAAUUCGAUGUAUCUCGUAUAGAAUCAUAGAUGUUUCAAAAUAUACCAUAAACUGAAUUUGACCACAAAAUAGUUGAAAAGUAAAAUUUAUAAGAAUGCCAGAACUUCAGGGAAAUACCUUUUUUUUUUUCCUAAUUGGACUUGAGUGAAGCAAAAUAAUUACAAAAUACAAGUCUUUCCCUCUGUAAAUACAGUAUGAAUUAAAGUUUUUUGUGGCAAAGCAUUAUACUAUGUAGCACAUGAUAUGUCUAUGCGUGAUAUAUACUUGAUAUAUAUAAUAUGUAACAUGAAAAAGGUGAUUAAAAAUUUUGGAUUCUAGAUCAUA